CACGCAUCGAAGGCAGACGUACCAUUUUGAACACGUGUACACUUGUGUUUGAGCACGCGUGCGUUUUGGAAAUUUAGAAUUCCUCGCGAUCUGGUGGCCGCUGAAAUGUCAGAUUACAAAGCGCCGUGCCAGGAUGAUGAUCGUGUUCAUCUGGAUCUUCGCUAUAGUUGUCACCACGCCCUGGGUCUUCUUUUUCGACCUGGUUGUCGUUUUCGAAGACAACCCUCAUAUCCGCCUUUGCCUUGACGUCUGGCCCAAUCCUCUCAGCGAAAUUCUUUACUUCGUCGUCGGCAACCUCAUAUUUUGCUACAUCCUGCCCAUGGUCCUCAUCACCAUGUGCUAUAUCCUCAUUUGGAUCAAAGUCUGGAGGAGAAGCAUCCCCACAGAUACCCAGGAUGCCCAGAUGGAGAGGAUGCAACAGAAAUCCAAGGUCAAGGUCAUGAAGAUGCUUGUUGCUGUUGUCAUCUUGUUCGUCCUGUCCUGGUUCCCGCUGUACCUCAUCUUCGCGAGGAUAAAGCUGGGAGGCCCCAUUCAGAAAUGGGAGGAGAACAUCUUCCCCGUGGUGACACCUCUAGCGCAGUGGUUAGGGGCGUCUAACUCCUGCAUUAAUCCAAUCCUGUACGCGUUCUUCAACAAGAAGUAUAGGAAGGGCUUCGUCGCGAUUAUCAAGAGCAGGAAGUGCUGCGGGAGGCUUCGUUACUACGAGACCAUCGCGCUGCAGUCAUCGAGCACGUCGACAAGAAAGUCCUGGCAUUACAACAAUAACAACCACGCCUCGAUCACGCGCCGAUCCCCUCCUAUGGACAAGAACGCCGUAUCCUUUAUCUUCAACCAUACGGGGGUCUAAAGAAACUAUGUGGCUAGUGUGGUCUUGUUCUCUCGCAGCCAAUGGCUGUCAAUGACGUCACCGGCGCUCGCGCGGGUGGCUGACGCGACUCAGCAUAUCGACACACGGCAAUUUCUACGCUAAGUACAUUUUUUAGUUCGACCGUUUGAUGUUGUC